UUAAUUUUGCUCUAAAAGUAUAACUUUAAUCAAGACCAAACAAAAUGGCUGAAAACCGUGUGAAUCCUCAUGAAAAACAUGAUCUACAGAUGGAGUCUGAGACUCUUGAGAAGAAUCUAUGCUUUAUAAUAUAGCAACUGGACUUUGAAACCAUUGCCCUGAUGGUGAAUAUUUAGACUCCACAUCCCAAAUCUGUAGAGUUUGCCCCAAUACCUGCAACAGAUCAUGAGCAUACCAAAGUAGUUGACUCACUUGACCAGCAGGACAAAGCUUGGAUUUGAAAACACUACAAUGCGUAACUAAUUGAGAUAGUUCCUCCCAAAUUGAGCUUACAGGAUCUCAAAUCUCUUUUUCAAGCGUUUGCAGAGAUUUUGAAUAUUACGUUGACCCGACAUCAACUGAAGUUAUAGAGCUAGGCACUAAGCAGUAUCCAUACAGAAGUCUCAAAUCUGUUACAUCAGAGAUUUUAAACCAUCUCUCUCAUCACCAAAAAGAAAUUAUUAUCUACAGCAAAGAUGCAUAUCUCCAGGAUCGGACAAUGUUCUUUGUGAAUAUCACUAAUGUAAAAAUUACAACUCAUCCUGAAUAUAUUUCUUGGAGUCGCAAGGCUAUUCUUACUUUGACAGAGUAUGAGCAGAUAGGAAUUAGCAAGAAAGCAAGGCGCCACCUUCUCACAAAUACUGGUCUCCCUAUUACUGAUUUAAUAAACAAUGGAAAUUUUACAACCUCCGAAAAGACACAGGCAAAUAACCUAGCUUCAAACUCACUUAUCAGAACAGGACUUGAGAUAAAUAACAUUGACAUAUACAGGGAACGGAUGGUUUCCAAUCUGUUUGUGCAGGCUAUCUAUUUGCAAAACUUAGAUUUUAAGCUGAGUAAGUUUUGAUAGAUAUA